GGUGGCCAGGAGCGAGCAUGCGCACUGAGCCUCGUGCCCCAACAACACAAGACAGCUGAAGGGUGUUUAUGGUUAAAAUUUAAAUUUAACAGUGGGAGUUUUAAAGUAGGAAAACGCUUCCUGUGAAAGAGUGCAGGUUCUCCGCGGAGUGCAAGUUCUCCGCGGUUCGGCUCGCCUCGGCAGUGCUCGGCUCGGUUCUUUGCGCGCGCCUGCCCGGUUUGGUUCCUGAACACUUUGGAAUUCGGAGACAAGAAAGCAGGACGACUGCGGCAUCUGCUGGAGUGGAACUCAGGAAUGAAGUUCCCCGUGGACCUUCUGGCUAGCGUUAGCCAGACAGAGCUGGAAAGUUUGGCCCACAACUACAUGAACAACCUCCUCUACAGUAACCCAGACUCCCCUGAACACCUCAUCCUCUCUGACUCCACCCAGGUCACCAUUAACAUUUCCAGUGUGGGCUUCACCCCUCUCUAUGGAUCAGGUGACAGGCAGAUGGUCCUGGCCCUCUUCUCCCCCAGCAACCCGUUCACCGCUGUGGCCCUGUUUCUGCUGGACCGCUGGUGGACGGUGGACGACAUUCUCAAGACGGCAGACACCACACGGGGCGGAACCGUGGAGGUGAAGUCUUUAGGAGAAAGAAUAGUUUUAUACAUCCUCAAUCGCAUUGUCUAUCGAGCCAAGGAGAUGAGCUCUGAGGAGCUCCCCUUCCUCUGCCAUGGGGAAAAAGAUUACGCAAAAAUCCUCUGGAAUAAUGGAGAGGCUGUUGGCUUCUACUCAGUCAAGCCUGCAGGCAGCUUCUGUAGUUCCUUUUCAACCAGCAGCUAUCAGCUUCCUGUGAUGGACUCCCUCUUCAUUAGAAAACAUCUGCGUCGUCAAGGCUUUGGCCUCCAGAUGCUCAAGGACUUUGUGCUAAGUUUCAGAGAGGACUGUCUGGGGUUGAGGUACCCCCUGACGCAAUUCAUGUAUAAAGUGUGUGAGAAAUACCUGUGUCAGUACCCAGGGGACACAGACAUUCUGUGGGAGGUGAAAAGCAUAGGCGGGCCCAAGCAGAGGACCAACAUCUUCAAAAAGCUCCGGGCCAUGAACCAGAGGACGGUAUCCGCGGGUCUGUCCUUUGCAGAAUCACUUGUGAUUACUGAGAGGAUGGAAAAGGAGGUGUUGGAGGCAGUCAGCACUCAAAUAAAAGAUUCCAUCCCCGUUGAAUGCACGGUGGAAAUUGUGGAGGAAGCGACAGCACUGAGCGCUACCAAAGAAGCAGAAGUGCCACUCACUGCCUGCAGUAGUAGUGGCUCCAAACAAAGGAAGAUUGGAGAAGAAAAGACAGAAAAAGCCAUCAGAAUUGAAGAUAUUGAAGCAGAGGACAUUUCUGCACAAGAGAAGACAGAACUGCAAGUCUCCAACUUGAUGAAGGCCGAUGGUACAUCCACUGUGGCUUGUGAAGAGCAAGGUGAGCAUACGCUGGACCAACCGUCCACCGUCCUAUCCCAACGAGACCUAGAAGAAGCUGGGGUUACAUUAGCACCUACGAGCGAGGAGCCACAAGUGGAAGAUGGCGCUCCCCAGAAUCUGAACAGCAACUUCUGUGACUCCCAGAUAACAGUUGAGAAUGUGGCAUCAGAAAUCAGGGAAGAGUUUCAGCAGGAAGAAGAAACCCUGGAACAUGUGGGGGAGGGAACUCAAGUUGGGGUCCCCGAUGAAAAGUCUGAAGAGAGAGUAACACAACAAGAGCCAACUGUAUCAACACGUGCAACGUCAGAGAAUAUUGUAACUGGAAAAACCGGUGGAGCCAAUGUAAGGGCUGUGAUAGCUGUAGACCAUGUAACCACCACACGUAGAUCUACUCAGCACAGCAAGCAAGAGGAUGUAGGGACAACUCUGAGAAGAAGCAUUAGGAACACCCUUCCAUCCACACUGAAAUACCCCCUUCACAGCCAGAAAGUAUCUGAAGAAUCAGAGAAAGAGCCCGCUGAUGUGGAAGAGCUAGUGGAGGAGUCCGCUGUAGCUGAGAGGGAACCACAAGAUGAAGAAGAAACCUCCAUAGAAGAGGAUGUAGUUGCAGUGAAAGAAUUAUCUGAAGAAACACAACAGCUGGAAGAUGAACAACCCAAAAGUGAAGAGCAGAUGGUGGAAGACAGCCAGCCUCCAGAUACUGCAACAAAGGAAUGUCAAGAUGAAGUAGUAAGCCCCAAAACUAAGAAAGAACAAAAGGGGGAGCUGCAAACAUCAGUGAUACAGAAUGAGACCCAAGAGCCCCCUGCUGAAGCUUCUGCUGGUGACAAGAAAGCAGAGGAAAAGGAAGCGUACAAACAGAUGGCGCAAGAAGGUACCGUUCAAAAGGCAAAGGAAGCAGCAGUGGACAUUAUACCCUUGACUGAGGAACACACUGUUUCUAAGAUUUGUAAAAAUAGUGAGGCAGACAUUCCAGUAGAAGAUUCUGCUGAAGGGAACCUUCCACUAGCUGAGGUAGAUGAGGCAGUGAAACUGGAAGAUAACAUAGAUAACAAGGAUAACAUAGAUGUGGAGAAUGAGGAUGUUGUUCAGAGCAUAGCUGUAGUCACAGCCGCUGCAGAGGAUUUAGCACCAGAAGAGGCAGGGACACCAUUACCUUCACCAGCCACACACUCAGCUGUACUUCCAUCAGUCAAAGACGGGGGAACGCCGUCAGCAGAGGAGCAACAGAGUGAGGAAAUGGCAAACCAGUUUUCUUCCCUCCGCAAAUUGACAGUGGUUUUAAUGGACCUGCAGAAACCCAACCACGGCGUCCAGGAUGUAACAGAAGCUAAAGAGGGCAAUAUUGUACAAAAGACUGCUGCUAAGGCUGAAGGGGAACUGAGGGAAAGGACCAUGGAAGAUGAAGACACAGUAGCACAGGAGAAUGUUGCUAUGGAUAUAACAACAACUGAGAAGGAAGCGUUAGAAGACGAAUCAACGAUAGUUGAGGUGAGCAAGGCAGAGGUGGGAGAACCCAUGACUAAUCUGGAGGAAGGAGAGAGACUUGAAGAAAGGGAUCCAACUGAAGGAGACAAAAAUAUAGAGGCAGAGGAAGCUGUCAACCAACACCAUGCUCAGGAGGAGGGACCUAUCGAUGAUGAGGAAAAGACCAUGUAUGUUGCAGAGGAAACAGUCGCAAAGCGAGAUACAGUGAAAGGAGAAACGUCAACCUCCACGCCUGAAGUGGUAGAAAGUGUACAGCAGAUAAUGUUGACAGCAAAGGACGGGCAGGUAGAAGAUGUAUCCGAGGAAGAUGCCCCAGUUGUUGAAAGAGUUCUAAGAAGUGGAGGAAAGACAACAAGAAGUAAAACCACAACAAAACACGAUGAUGCGAAAGUGGAGAAAAGAACAGAGGAAGGUGAACCAGCAGCCAGCAUUCGAGUUCUGAGGAAGGGAAGGAAGCCAGCAGAUGGAGCAACAAAACCUAAAUCCAAAAGAGCUCAUACAAUGUGUCAGGGGGAGCGAGAGGAAGACGACGAAUGUGCUCUACCCGAUGUGGCACAAGAAGAGGAAACCAUAGCUCUGCUGGAGGAAACCGACAAAAAAGAGGAAAGCACAGAUGAGAAGAUUGAAGAAAACAAUGCCAAUGAGGAUGCACCUCAGGACGAAGGAAACACAGAGCCUGAGCUCUGCAAUGUGCCAGAAGCUGUUUCAGGAGAAUCACUCACAGAUCAAGAGACAGUGGGGGAGAAAGAGUCUGCUGCAGAGGCUGCUUUUGGGGAAAGAGCUGAAGAGACACCUAAUAUAGACAAGGCAAAGGUUAGUGAUGCCGAAGAAGCACUGUCUGUUAAAAGUGGUGAAGAGGCAGUGAGAGCCAUAUCAAGGAAGGGAAGACGGUCUGCUGCUGCUGCACCGGGACAUAAAGCCAAAAGAGCCCGCACACAGUGUCAGCAGGAGGAAGUGGGAGAAGAAGAAGCCCCUCCUGCUGUAGUAGAAGAGGAAAAAGAGGCUGGGCAGGAAUCCCCUGAGGACAAAGCGAUAGAGCGAGAGGAAAUGGUGAAAGACAAAGAUGUGGAAGAGGAAGAGUACACCGUGGGAGAUGCAGAGCAGACGAAGGACGCCUCGACGCGGGAAGAGGACGACAGGAGUGUGGAAGCUGUGAGUGGCAGUGUUAAUAUCCCAUCUCCGUCAGCCGAGGACGAGGAAACCACAGUCGUGGGACAACAGAAAGCAUCACCAAGAUCCAAAAGGCAGAACGACGACUCCACACGGAGAUCUGUACGGAAAAGGCCAAAAGUGAAUUACCAGGAAAACGAAGAGGGGGAGCGAGAUAAGGGAGGCACUGACGAGGAGGAAGAAGUUACAGUAGCAUUCGAUGGGGACCACGGCAACAAGACAGCCCAAUGUUCCUCAGAGACAGCUAAGGAGGCAGAGGCAGCAGGCUCAAGCAAAGUAGGCGAGGAGGAGAAGGAGGAACCUGUAGUGAUUGGGAAGAGAGUUUUAAGAGGCAGGUCAGUUCCUUCCGUGACAAUAACACCGCAGUCCAGAUCCAGACGCCGCAGCGUUAAAGUGUCCAAAGAAAACAGCCCUCGAUCGGCGCACAAGAGAAAAGGCCGCAGAGAGUUUAGAACCUUCACAAUGCUGUCGUUGACAAAGACACAUGUGUGCAAUCACUAAACCGGCAAAAUGCCAAAGAAAACAGAACCAUAUAUAUAUUAAUACUAAAUGUUUCUAUUGACCCGGCACCUGUGUGUCUCACAACUCUUAUCACCUGUCUCUGUUUUCUAGAAACAAAAACCUAUCCCGCAAUGACCGUUAGAAUGACAUCCUAUUCCUAUAUGUUGGAUUUAAAAAAGCGUUCUUUGCCUUGUCCCAGCUUGUAUGACAUUUAAGGUAAAAACACCCAGGUAUGAUCAAGAAGAAACUGGGUUCAUUGAAAGAAAUCAACACUUGUUCAAGGUCCACAUCGGAUUUCUUUUGAAUGUUUUCGUGUGGAGAAUUAUUUUUAGACUGUAAGACUGGCCACUUACAAAACUAAACUAUAGGUUUUGGUAUUUUUUAUUCAGCAUCAUUCAAAAACAUCCAGUUUGGUGAAAUCAAGUUUGGCUCCAAUUUUUUUUUACUCUACAAAAGGGUCAAGAUAUUUUCAAUAGCUUUUUAAUGUUUUUCUAUUUUUUUAUUACCAAAACACGUUCAUGUUUUACAAAUAUCAGCUGAACUCAGGUCUUCAUAUAAGCAUGUUCUUUCUUUCUAUAUACACUUCAAAUAGAGAUUUUCCAAUAUGUAACCAACUGUCAUUCCAUUUUGUAAUAACAUUGUAGAGAGGACGAUUAUCUCUAUCUAUCUUAGUAUUGGUUUUAAUACUGUGAUUAUUCUGUCAACAUUAGACAUUGAUAUGACUUUAUGUUUUGCUGUUGCUGGCUGCAUCACUUGGCGGAUGACUUUUAUUUAGCUAUAGUAGAUGAUGUAAACCUUUUACAAGGUCUUUAAGGUUAUUAACUGAAUUUGUCGGUGUGGACUUGCUUUUAUCUGUGAAAGGACUUUCCAUGAGCUGAAAUUGUGGCAAAUAAAGGUUUCAAAAGAUA